AUGGCUGUUUUCCUCUCGGCAUUCUUCCAAAUCCGGUACUCAAAGUUGGCGGUUCCAACUGAUCAAGGAGUGCGCCUUACAAAUCAUAUGUUCUUUGUGGAUGAUCUCAAGAUCUUUGCGACCGAUCAGGAUAACAUUAAAUCUAUGCCAAAAGAAGUUGAGAGGCUUCUUGUUGUGGUAAAACUAGAAGUAAAUUCAGCAAAGUCAGCCACUAUCACCCAG